AUGGAGAGUACGAUCACAGAAAAGAGGCCCGAUAUCGAGGCCGUAACACCGGUUGGUGAUGCUAGCCCGGUGGAGACAGGCUCGAAAUUCGGAAGCGUCGACGAGGCCGAAGUCUUCGUCACGGGACAGGAUGGAGUCAACUUCAGAACUGUCGGCUGGAUCAGAGCGUCCAUGUUCUUUCUCAAGAUGACAUUUGCGGCCGGUGUCCUCUCCAUUCCUGCGGCACUCUACAAUCUCGGUGCCGUUGCCGGGUGCAUCUUCAUUGUCUUCUGGGGUGGGCUCAACACCUACUGCGCAGUCCUUCAGGGGCAAUUCAAGCUCCGCUACCCCUCGGUCCAUACCGUUGCCGACAGUGCCCACAUCGCUGCUCUGGAGCUGGGAUUGACCAAGAAGAAUGCCUGGGUGGUGAAAGAGAUCACGGAAUUCGUCUAUCUCUUUACUUGGAUUCUUUGCGCCGGCGUCUCAACCCUCGGUUUCUCCAUCGCCCUUAACGCUGUCUCGAAGCACGGCACAUGCAGUGUCACCUUCGGCUUCGUGGCCUACAUCAUCGUCGCCUCUGUCGCCAGCAUCAGAAAGAUUCACAAUCUCGGCUGGAUUACAUGGGUCGGCUUCAUUUCCAUUGUCACGGCCAUCAUGAUUGUGGUCAUCGCUGUCACACUGCGUGACCGCCCGGCUGCUGCGCCUCAGACGGGAGACUUCGACCUGGGCUUCGCUGCUCUUCCUCCUGCUGGGACAACCUUUGCUACGGCGUGGUCUGCGUCGUUGGCCAUCUUUUCCUCUUCGGCCAACACCUCCGGCUUCGUGCCCGUAAUCUCGGAGAUGCGACGACCACAAGACUACUUCAAGAGUGUCUAUGUCUGCAUGCUUUGGAUCACUUCGUCCUAUCUCGCCCUGGCUACGACCGUAUACGCUUACUGUGGCAGAUGGGUUGCCUCUCCCGCCUUGGGCUCGGCCGGGCCGACGAUCAAGAUCAUCUCGUACGCUAUUGCCAUCCCCGGACUGAUUGCUGGCACCAUGAUCUGCGUCCAUGUGGCCGGGAAGAGUAUUUUCGUUCGAGUCCUGCGGAACACUGGUCAUCUGACUCGCAAUACCAAGACUCACUGGGCGGUGUGGCUUGCGUGUACGUACGGUACGGGUCUGCUCGGUUGGAUUCUCUGCGAGGCGAUUCCGUUCUAUGGCAGCUUGGUCUCACUGAUCGGAGCCCUGGGCUUUGGAUACCUGGGUGUGUGCAUCCCCGCCGUCCUCUGGUUUGUUCUGAAUGAGGGCGCCCGCAAGCGUUCAGUGGCAAUGGCGGGCAUGUGGUAUAUGCACAUGGCAAUAUUUGUGCUCGGUGUCCUGAUCACCGUCGGAGGCACCUACGCCAACGUCGUGAGCAUUAUCGAUCAAUACCGGAUGGGGCAGGUUGGCUCCGCGUUCAGCUGCCUUGACAACAGCAACACCGUCGCUGGUGGCUAA